GUCCAUCUACCGCGCAUGCGCGCGAAUCUGUUCCUAACCUAAUUCUGCAUACUAGUCAACUGUUGUUCCGCGAUCGUCGUGUCCGGAACGUAAUCCGUCGUAGCAACCCUCAAUAUUUACGUGAAAUGUAUCGCGAAGUGCCUCCAAAAUAAUAUAACGCGCUAUGCCAUCGAUCCGAUAAACAUAUGCGCGUUUGCACACGUAAAGCUCGCGGUAUCGCGUGUGCUUCUGUGAUGAAAAUGGAAAAGUUGUUUUUAUUCGAACGUUAGCGGAAAAAUAGAGGUGAAAAUGGCAUCGAUAGAGCAAACCCCGACGGUGGCUACGACCCCGUACAUGGAGAACGUCACUGACCCGACACUGGCAGCAGCCGCCGCCGCGAAGAAACAGGCUCGGGGCAGAGGAAAAGCGCAACCAGAAAAACCUAAGAGGAGCUUGAUGUGCCUCACUCUGGACAACCCUUUACGGAAACUAUGUUAUAGCAUCGUUGAGUGGAAACCAUUUGAAUACAUGAUCUUGACCACGAUCUUCGCAAAUUGCAUCGCCUUAGCGGUAUUCACACCGUACCCGUUCGGAGAUACGAACAACACAAAUCAAAUACUGGAAAAAGUGGAAUGGGUUUUCAUGGUGAUAUUCACCGGGGAGUGCAUCAUCAAGAUCAUAGCGUACGGCUUCUUUUUUCAUCCAGGAGCCUAUCUUCGGAAUACUUGGAACAGUCUAGAUUUUACUAUAGUCACAAUCGGUAUUGCGAGUAUGAUACAACAGUACCUUUCGAUAGAUUUGUUCGACGUAAAAGCACUGAGAGCUUUCAGGGUACUGAGGCCCUUACGACUCGUUUCCGGAGUACCUAGUCUUCAAAUAGUUCUGAAUUCCAUCCUGAAAGCCAUGGUGCCGCUCUUUCACAUAGCCUUCCUUGUGCUGUUCGUGAUCAUCAUCUAUGCCAUCAUAGGCUUGGAGCUGUUCUCGGGAGUGCUCCAUGAAACUUGCUUCAACAAUGAAACAGGUGAGACAAUGGCGAACCCUGCGCCUUGUAGUAGCACUCAAGGCGAUGGUAUGAAGUGCAAAGACAAUAUGACUUGCAAGGGUUAUUGGGAUGGACCCAAUGAUGGGAUCACCAAUUUUGACAACAUCGGAUACGCCAUGUUGACUGUCUUCCAAUGUAUCACGCUUGAAGGCUGGACAGAUAUUAUGUAUGCGGUGGCCAACGUCAAAGGCAAAACGUGGGUUUGGAUCUACUUCGUGACUUUGGUGAUCUUCGGGAACUUCUUCGUCAUGAAUCUGAUCCUGGGUGUGUUGUCAGGUGAGUUUUCCAAAGAAAGAGAGAAAGCGAAGAGCCGUGGCGAUUUCCAGAAGUCACGCGAAAGGCAACAGCUGGAAGAAGACAUGAAGGGGUAUCUGAAUUGGAUCACAGUUGCGGAAGAGCUGGACUUGGAGAAUGAACAGACGCAGAAUGAAGAUGAUCAGGACGCCCAGGGCAAGAAAGAUAGAAAGAGCAAUGAAGAAUCACAGAAUAAUUUGAAUGUGAACGGGGAUCAAGUACAAACAUCAAGAUCCUAUAGAUUCGAUAAGGUCAAUCGUCGAUUACGUAGAGCCUGCAGAAUAGCCGUGAAGACACAGACUUUCUAUUGGGCAAUCAUCAUAUUGGUAUUCCUCAAUACGCUGGUGCUAGCUACUGAACAUUACAAUCAACCUCGAUGGCUUGAUUAUUUCCAGAACUACGCCAACUAUUUUUUCGUUGUUCUGUUCACCCUUGAGAUGAUGCUGAAGAUGUACGCGCUAGGAUUUCAGGGCUACUUCGUAUCCCUAUUCAAUCGCUUCGAUUGCUUCAUCAUGGUCUGCUCUGUGGUGGAAUUGGCGCUUACUUUAACAGAGACCAUACCGCAGCUCGGUAUCUCCGUGCUGAGGUGUGUCAGGCUACUAAGAGUCUUCAAGGUUACCAAGUAUUGGCGGUCUCUUUCUAAUCUCGUAGCAUCUCUGCUUAACUCCAUCCAGUCCAUCUUCUCCCUUCUUCUGCUGCUAUUCUUGUUUAUCGUGAUCUUCGCUUUACUUGGGAUGCAAGUGUUUGGUGGGAGAUUCGACUACGCGCCGGAAGCUGAGAAAGAGAGGCAUAACUUCGAUUCUUUCUGGCAGGCAGUUCUGACCAUGUUUCAGAUACUGACAGGCGAAGAUUGGAAUGUAGUCAUGUAUGAGGGGAUCAAGGCAUACGGAGGCGCCGGGACUCCGGGCAUGCUGGCGUCUAUAUACUUCAUCGUUAUAUUCAUUUGCGGCAAUUAUAUUUUACUAAACGUAUUCUUGGCCAUCGCUGUCGACAACCUCGGCGACGCAGAGGAAAUGGAUGCAAUCGAAAAACAGAAAGAGAUGGCAGAAAACGCUGAAGCCGGUAAUGUGGUUCUCGAUGAAGAAAGAGGAGAAACUGAUGAUGAAUAUGUUAACGAGGAAGAAGGAUAUUCUAAUGAAGGCCAGCAAUAUAAGAAAUACAAAAGAGUACCCAGAUCUGAGAAUGAAUGUGAAGAGACCGGUUCUGAAGAAGACGUGGAAGAACAGGAACAAGAGGAGAAAGAGAAUCCUCAAGAUAUAUUGGUCACUAUUGACAAAAAACAAAAUGGAGACGUUAACAAAAAAGAAUCAGAGCCCCAUGUAACAAUUUCGGCCCGACCUCGAAGGUUAUCGGAUGUGAACAUCAAAACGCAAGAGAAGCCUAUACCUGAUGCCAGUAGCUUCUUUAUACUCUCCAAGGAUAAUUGUUUUCGGGUGGCCUGCUACAAUAUUCAAAAAAAUUCCUGGUUCAAGAAUCUUAUUCUGAUAUGCAUCUUGGCGUCUUCCGUCAUGCUGGCUUUGGAGGACCCUGUUACCAGCAACUUGAACACCCCUACUGGGAUAAAUGAGGUUCUACGCAACGUGGAUUACUUCUUCACGGCUGUUUUUACAAUUGAGCUGCUAUUGAAGCUCAUUACAUACGGUUUUAUACUGCACAAAGAUUCUUUCUGUCGUUCUGGAUUCAACUUGCUCGAUUUGCUGGUUGUGAUCGUGUCUUUUAUAUCGUUGGACAGAUCAAACAGCGUCAACUUCAUUAAGAUUUUGAGGGUCUUCCGCGUUUUAAGGCCGCUUCGUGCCAUAAACAGAGCCAAAGGUCUGAAGCACGUAGUUCAAUGCGUGAUCGUUGCUAUAAAGACAAUCGGAAACAUAUUAUUGGUGACAAAUCUUCUACAAUUCAUGUUUGCCGUUAUGGGAGUGCAAAUGUUCAAGGGUAGAUUUUUUAAAUGUACAGAUAUUACGAAGGACAAUGAAAAUGAUUGCCAUGGCACGUAUCUCAUUUACGAGAACGGCGAGGCCAUAACGAACGAUCGUUUGUGGCUGCGCAACAAAUUCAACUUCGACGACGUCCUCAACGGUAUGCUGACUCUUUUCACCGUCUCCACGUACGAGGGAUGGCCGGCUCUGCUCUCCACAUCAAUGGAUUCUAAUAAAGAGAAUCACGGACCUAUAGAAAAUUCAAGGCCGUUCGUCGCGUUCUUCUAUAUCAGCUACAUCAUUGUCAUUGCCUUUUUUAUGGUCAAUAUCUUCGUGGGCUUUGUCAUAGUCACGUUCCAGAAAGAAGGAGAGCAAGAGUUCAAGGACUGCGAGCUGGAUAAGAACCAGAGGAACUGUAUAGAGUUCGCACUAAAAGCCAAACCGAUCAGAAGAUACAUUCCAAAGCAUCGCAUCCAGUACAAGACUUGGUGGUUUGUGACCUCGCAGCGUUUUGAAAACGUCAUCUUUUUCUUCAUCGUGCUAAACACCAUCGCGCUGAUGAUGAAGUUCCAUGGCUCCAAAACGGAAUAUAAAAAGGGACUUGACGUUCUUAAUAUGGGAUUAACCACUGUCUUUACUUUGGAGUUCAUCCUGAAAUUGGCCGCAUUUAGGUUUAAGAACUACUUCGGCGAUGCUUGGAAUACGACGGAUUUCAUUCUAGUCGUGGGGAGUAUCAUUGACAUACUGGUGACGCAGGUCAACGAAAAAAAGGAGCUCGGAAGUUUCGAUGCAAAAACUGAGAAAGGUCCCCUGUCAAAAUACAUUACGUUCUUUCGUCUCUUCCGGGCCAUGAGGUUGAUAAAACUCUUAUCCAGAGGAGAGAGGAUCAGGACUCUCCUGUGGACCUUCAUCAAGUCAUUCCAGGCUCUACCUUAUGUCGCUUUAUUGAUUGUACUGCUAUUCUUCAUUUACGCUGUGGUUGGAAUGCAGCUUUUCGGAAGAAUUUACUUUGACGACGCAGUCAUAACUGACCAUAAUAAUUUCCAGACAUUUCCGAACGCUCUCAUGGUGCUCUUUCGGUCUGCCACAGGUGAAGCAUGGCAGGAGAUCAUGAUGGCACUGUCGCCCAAUGAAUACGAGCGUCCAGGUAAUCCGCCUCACUGCAUCAAAAUCGACACAGACGGCCGCUACGUUGAAGAUACAACAGAAUGCGGUAGUUGGCUAGCGUUCCCCUACUUCAUAUCCUUCUCUUUGCUCUGUACAUUCUUGAUCAUUAACUUAUUUGUGGCGGUCAUCAUGGACAACUUUGAUUAUUUGACGAGAGAUUGGUCCAUUCUUGGCCCCCAUCAUCUGGACGAGUUUGUUCGGUUGUGGAGUGAAUACGACCCCGACGCUAAAGGCAGGAUCAAGCACUUAGACGUGGUGACGUUGCUGAGGAAAAUAAGCCCGCCUUUAGGUUUCGGAAAGUUGUGCCCUCACAGGACUGCGUGCAAGCGUCUGGUGUCGAUGAACAUGCCUCUCAAUUCCGACGGGACGGUCAAUUUCAACGCGACCCUCUUUGCUGUUGUCCGAACUCAACUCCAAAUAAAGACUACAGGUGUAAUUGACGAAUGCAAUACCCAACUCCGCGCGAUCAUCAAAAGAGUUUGGAAGAGAACUUCUCCCAAGCUCCUGGACCAAGUGGUCCCGCCUCCCGGAGACCCGAACGAGAUCACGGUGGGAAAAUUCUACGCGACUUUCCUAAUUCAAGAUUACUUCCGGAGGAACCAUGCGUUCCGAAAACGAAAGGAGCAGGCUGCAGCCACCAACGUCCAGAAAACCUUCCAGGCUGGUAUGAGGACUCUACACGAAGCCGGUCCAGAGCUGAAGAGAGCUAUCUCCGGUAACCUAGAUGAGAUCGUCGAAAUUGUGGAGCCUAUGCACAGGCGCAACCACACAUUAUUCGGUGCUGUCCUAGCAAGUAUCAAGAAACACGGUCGCGAGAGCUUGUAUAGAAGAGAAAAACCACGUCAAGAAGUAAAAAGCUCUGCAUCUGGCGAUGGACCAUCACUGGGCGCCAUGAUGCGACGGGAGCUUGGCUUGGAUGGCAAAAUACCUGAGGAAGAAGUGAAAGGUGACGAAGGUAACCACAGCGACGAAGAGAUAGCGAUGCAGCCUCUCCUUCACGGCAAAGAUUCGGAAAGCAUUUUCAAAGUUAUCGAAAAAACAUCCAACGAUUUAUUGCAGAGUAUGCGAAACAACCGUCGUGACAAACAACGUGUACAAACCAACCACGUGCCUUACUGUGUAGAGAAUCCUGCGGAGAAAUUAAUAAUAAGGGUGCUGACCGAGCAAGGUCUAGGGAAGUACUGCGACAAAGACUUCAUCGAGACCACGCUAAGAGAGAUGCGAGAGGCGCUGGACCUAACACCGAACGAGAUGGACACUGCUGCCAACCAAAUAAUAAUGCAAGAGAGGAUAAUGAACGAAGCACAGCAUCGACCGAGCGAUGUGGAGAGUAUUUUGUCAAGGCAGUACCAUCCCUUCCACCAGCCUCCGAUGCAGCCCCCUCCUAGGAAGAAAUAAAACACCAAACUACGUGCCGAUGCGGGAUUCCCUUUUCACCUUGUAUGGACUGAAAUCUGUACAGGGUUUUUUUUGUCGACCUGGUUUCGGGUGAAGCCGGGCUUUUAGGGCGAGCGCCCUGCGCCCUGGGAGUUUAGUAACGAAAUAUUUUUGUAAAUAAACUUAUGUUAUAGAAAACGCUUUAGAUGCUUGAGAAUGAAUAUUUUGUAUUGUAUUUAUAAAUAUUGAAUUUUGAAAUGGUUUUGAUUCGUUUUUUUUUUUUUUUAAAUGAAAGUAAUAAAACGUAUGAAUGAUUUUAUUUUAAGAUGAGGAAAUAUAUUAUAUAUUAUACACGGCAUCGUGCCUUAAGAUAGGUAUUAGAGAAAUAUAUUCAAUUAUGUAUAUUAACAAAAAAAAAAAGUGCCAAAUCAUACGACGCCUUAAAUUUUAAUGAAAUAUUUUUUGUACGAAUAAUAUUUAUUCUUAUCAAAAAGGAAAUAAAAUUAAUUAUUUAUAUACCAUAUUUAAUAUAAAAAUAUUCGAUUUUACGGCCUUUGGUUGAGAUUGUAGAAAAUUUUCCGAAAAAUAAAGGAGAAAUCUUAAUAUUAUGUUUUAAAUAUGCCUUUUGAAUACACAAUAAUGAAUUUGAAUAAGAAUUUGCUUAACCUUGAGGUAUAAGAGAUAUAGUAUUUUUUCUAGAAUAUAUUAUGUAAUUUUUCGAGUAUGUUCUAGUCAUAUUGUUGCUUGCUUGUUUUAUAUAUUAUAUAAAUAUUAACAUAUGGAAAAUUUGUAUUUUGUAUGAGAAAAUAUACCUGUUAUUGUGAAUAAAUUUGUUAACUGAAA